CUCAUCAACACAGCUGUCGGUAAUGCUGCUAAAAUCCUAAUGGAUCCUGAAAAGAGAAAGCAGUACGACUUGUAUGGAUCAGAAGAAGAAAGACUUAGUACUACAAGGCACUCACAUUCACAUUAUAAUUAUUCACGGGGUGGUUUUGAAGCUGAUGUAACAGCUGAAGAACUAUUUAACAUGUUCUUUGGUGGUUUUCCACAACAAGAAUUUUAUGUCAGAAGAGGUGGUGGCAGGUGGAUGAGACAAAAUGAGGCACAGCAUCAGCAUACUCACUCCCAACAACAAGCAAAUACGUACACUACAUUCCUUCAAAUGUUGCCUGUAUUAUUACUGAUUAUUUUGACUAUGAUGAGCAGUUUUUUUAUGUCUGACCCCAUCUAUAGCUUACAUCAAAGUUCUAAAUAUUCAAUUCAAAGAACUACUCAAAAUUUGAAAGUACCUUAUUUCGUCAAAGACAACUUUCAUACAGAAUAUGAUGGUAAUUUAAAAAGAUUAGAGGAAUUAGUUGAAAAAGAGUAUAUGACGUUCUUACAACAUUCAUGCUUUAGAGAAAGGAAUUACAGUAAGUUAAUAUUUACCUUUACUCUUAUAUGUUAA